AUCUAUAGAAACAAUCUCUCUAUUUCACCUUGAAUACCUUUGAUGUAGAAUUAAGAUUUGUGUAUAUUCAAUUCUUUUCCGAUCUUAUUUUGUGAGGUUGCCCUGGUAUGUUAUAGUUGCGGAUACGUUGGCAAAUAAAGUAGUUGUUCUCUUAUAAAAAAGCCAAUUGAUAUCUCCAUAUUGCACACAAUAUUUAACAUACCACCAUUUUUAGCAAAAAUUAAAAUUGUAUACUGUGGCUCCAAUGAUAAUUCAACCAUCCAUUAGUGUGAAAACACUUUCUGAAUCACCAAAUCUCAAAUCUAUCCCUUCUAACUAUGUUAAUUCUUCUAUCUAUCCCUCUGAUUCCCCUACAUCUGAGCCACAUGAUUAUUCAAAUUCCAUCCCCACCGUUGAUUUUUCUCAACUCAUCUCCACUGAUCUUCAUCAACGCUCUGAAGCUAUCAACAGCCUCAACAAAGCUUGCCAAAACUGGGGAUUUUUCAUGGUGGUGAACCAUGGGAUACCAGAGAAUUUGAUGAAGGGAGUGAUUGAUGGAACUCAAGGAUUUUUCGACUUAAAAGAAGAAGAAAAGAAAGAGUUCGAAGGGAAGCAUGUGUUGGACCCCAUAAGAUGUGGGACUAGCUUCAAUAUCUCCAAGGAGAAAGUCUUCUUCUGGAGGGACUAUCUUAAGGUCUUUGUGCAUCCUCAUUUUCACUCCCCAAGCAAACCCCAAGGAUACAGGUAAUUUAUCUUUCUGAUAGUGCAAAUAUUUUUACAUGUUAAGUAAUUGGUAAUAUUUCUGGACUUUAGCGUACAAGAUUGUCCUUUUCCUUAGUGCUUGUUAGUAGGGUUGUACAAAUCAAACCGUC